AUCGAGCGACAAUUUUUUUUUUUCAAAAUGAGCACUGUGAACUAAUAUUUCUUCUGUUCAACACGUUGUCUUGGUGGAUUUACAUUUUGAUUGCAAUGUUAUUGCUAAAAAUCUAUUUCAAUUUGAAAGACUCAACUGUACUCUGAAGUUAUGUGUGGCGAAGUAUCUCUGAUUAGUGUUUUUUGUCAGAGAGAUAUAGUUUAGUAAAAUGAUAUUUUACCAUUACGAAGCAAAAAACUAGUAUCUAGGUAAAAUUAUUCCGAAAGUAAGUAAUGUUUGUUGUGGCUUAAAAUAAUGGAAAUUACGUUUUUACAACAACAUUGACCGAACAAUUGGAAAGUUGAAUAAAAUGAAUGCUAAAAGGUCUCUGUUAUAAUGAAGCUGGAAGUGCCUUUUAGCAUUUAUCAAAAUUUACUGCGAUUUGACUAGGAUUAAAAUUUGUUUAGGCAAUAAUUGCAAUUAUACGGAUCGAAAUUUUGAAAUAAUGAAAUGGUAACUGUUUCUGAACGUACAUGUAUAAAAUUAUACAUUUUAAUAUAACAAAGAAAAACUUAUCAAAUGAUGGAAGAACAGAAUAUAUAUAAAUAAGUAACAGAGAUGUGUCGUUGAAAUUAAAAAAAAAAUUGGAGAAUGGCAACGUUUGCAAUGAAAAUUUUUGAAAAAAAAUUGUUGUUUGUCGAACAUUAUGAAUGUUCGAUUGAUUUUUCCUAAAUAGGUAUACUUUAUACUCUUGCAUACUGUCAUAAUUAUAUUUACAGCAGGCACAAGGCGCCUAUAAACUCAUUAUUUUAUGUCAACAAACCAUUCUGGCCUCUUUUACUCUUCGACACGUCAAAUUUUGUGAUAGGGAACAUAUUUCAGAAGAGGAUUGUAAAAAUAUCUCAGCAUUUUAGGAUAAGUAGUAUUAUAUACUGCAUUUUUAUCAAUGAUAUAAAUAUAUUAAAAGAUAAAUGAUCGUUACCGUAUAUUCAAGUAGAAAAAAGAAAUUGAACUGUUGAAUAUUCAAGGUCAACAAUUGACGUUUCAAUUAUAAUUGUAAGAUAUAUUAGUUUAAACUCUCGUGCGAAUGAACUUUUUAUAUAAUAACAAAUGAAUUCGCACAAUUAGGCAGACGUGAUAUAUCAUUAAGAAGUCAUUAAUAUGAGAUUAUCAACUGUUUCAUAUUUUCAUAUAUUAUAUUAUUGUUCCUUUUUUUUCAAAUUGCAUUUUCGAAUAUUUUAAGCUUUAAGGAUAUAUAUAAUUUCAUUGAAACCAACUAUUAUUUGAUGUACCAAUUGAAAAAAGAGCAGAAAAAUUAAUCACUUUGUUGUACAAUAUUAAACGUUUACUAUUAAAGAUUAUUAAAUGUUAGGCUUGGCUGAACAUACAACUAACAUUUACACAAUUUACUAAUCGUCACAAAGUACUUAGGCAUCGUUCUUUAGUAUUAAUCGUAUUCGUAGUUUUAGGACGUUGUUUACAUUAUGACAAACUAUUUUCUUUCGAUUAUUGCUUUACAUUCCAUCGUUUUCUUAUCACGCCAUAUAGAGAGCAAAUUACACGUACGAUUUGUAUUUAUAAGCGAUGUUACGAGAUGAGCAUUGCUUAUAGCUAAUAGUGAACAAUGUAUUAUUUUACGAUUUCUUUUUCUAUUAUUGCUUUUAUAAAUGAAUAAGAAUUUCAAUCAAGUAUGAUAUAUUUGUUGAUGGUGACAUUUUAAUAUUAAAGACAUACCAGAAAAAAACGUAAUUUUAUACUUUUUUCUUACCACACAAUUUAGCAAUGUUUUCUUUUAUUGAAAUGUUAUAUUUUUCCGCAUACGUUUUUAACUUGUUUUUCUUCAGUUUGUACUAUCAGAGUCAGCUUGCACAAAAACAUCGGUGGAGUACGCAAGCACGCGCCGUUGCUAAAAGGUAAAUCGCAUGCAGCACUUACUACUGUGUUGGAGUUUUAAAUUCGAAGUGAUCUGCUUGCUGCCACUCAGUCUUGCGUCGGACUCGGGCGCGACGAUAAAACGACAAAAACAUGACGUGUACAGUCGAUCAAGUUAUUACCCUGUUAGUUUGUGAUGUGAUUCUACUGUUCUAUGAGGAUUAUUUGACAAUGGUUCAAUAAUAUCGUUUAACAAGUUUACAUUCUCAACAUCUGAUCAAGUAAACAAUUUUUUUCUGUGUUCGGUACAUCGCUGACGAAGUACUGUAGUAAAAUAUUAUUUAUUUAAAAAUCAAUAAUAUAAUAGUGAAGUGUCCCAAAAUUUAUUUUCAUUUGCUAUACAUUUAAUUACAAACCUUAGCACGUAAUAUUAAAUAACGAAAAAAAAAAAACAUUUUUAUAAUGAUUUAUUUUUUAUACCACUAGUACAUACUGUUAUAAAAAGAAUUUGUUCUACUUUAAACAUUUCAAAAUUCCAAUACUGUAAAGUGUAACAUAAAAUAGUAAAGAUGGUGGAUAAAAUGGAAACUUCUAUAAGUUCAGUUUAUAAUAGUUAUAAUAUGUUGUGAUUCGAUCUUAAAAUAAAGUUUAAGAAGAUUUAAGGGAGAUUUAUUGUUUUUAAUAGAUAUUAUCGACAUGUAUCCGAAAAUUUAUAAAAAUAAGUUGGAAUUUAUGAAUGUGUCAGUACUAUAACUCCGCUGCGUCAAUUGGAAACCCACCGUAUUAAAUGGAAUCACUUAUAGAUGUAACAUGGUGGAAGAAGCGUACGUCUCUCGAACGUCGACUAACUAUUUUUGCUACAUGCGCGAUUUUAGUCUCUACUGUACUUGUUAUUGGCAUUUUAAUAAUGGCAUCCACUACCAAAGACUACCAUACAACUCUAACAAUGGGAUUAAUAUAUCCAGUAACAACUCCGAGUACUACGGCGAUACCCAAGGAAGAGCCAUCAAUUAUCGAAAAACCACCAGUUGGUGACGUCUGCUCCUCUGCAGAAUGCAUACAUACAGCUUCAUCAAUUCUCGAUAAUAUGGAUCCGACUGUGAAGCCAUGCGACGACUUCUACCAUUUUGCUUGUGGUAAUUUUCUGAAAAAUACAAUUAUUCCCGAUGACCAGGAGGAAGUUGAUACUUUUGGAAUAGUUAGUAACAAGUUGCAAACACAACUUAGAAAUAUUAUUGAAGAAGAAAACUUUAACAAUACAAGGUCCCUUAGACUUGCGAAAAUUCUAUAUGAGACAUGCAUGAAUCAAAAAUUAAUAGAAGAACAAGGAUUAAACCCCCUUCAUAAAAUACUAAAGGAGUUGGGUGGCUGGCCGGUUCUAAUGGGUGAUAAGUGGAAUGACACUGAUUUUGAUUGGAAAGCAUCCAUUUACAAGAAUCGAAGAUAUGGUUAUUCUAUAGAUUUGUUUAUCAGCUUCGACAUUGAUGUCGAUCAAAAGAAUAACACUAAGCGGGUAGUUUAUCUGGAUCAAGCUUCUUUGGGCCUUUCUCAAAAAUAUUUAUUGCAAGGAUUGGAAAACGAGAUUGUUCGUGCAUAUUAUGAUUACAUGGUUGAUCUUGCAGUAAUUCUUGGUGCAGAUGGAGAAGAAUCGCGCGAACAGCUCAAAGAAUCUUUAGAGUUGGAAAUAAAACUUGCUAACAUUUCUGUUCCAAGCGAAAAGCGACGAAAUGUAACGGAUCUGUACAAUCCAAUGACCAUUCGUCAACUACAUGAAAAAUAUCCUAGUAUCCCAUGGUUAGAUUACAUCAAUAAUAUCUUGUCGCCGAGUGCACUUGUGGAUGAAGAUGAAGUCGUAAUUAUUUAUGCUCCAUCGUACAUUAGUAAUUUAGAACGCCUUCUUCAACAGACACCAAAACGAGUGCAAGCAAACUACAUUUUAUGGAGGGUAGUCGUGAAUUCUGUAGGUUAUUUGACCGAUGAAAUACGGAAAAGACAGUUGGCUUACUACACUGUUGUUAGUGGAAGAACUGAGCGAGGAUCAAGAUGGAAAGAGUGCGUAAAAUUAAUAAGAAAAAGCUUUUCAAAAGCAAUAGGAGCAGCUUACGUAAAAAAAUAUUUUGAUGAAGAAUCUAAAAAAGCGGCUAUUGAAAUGAUAGCUGGAAUUAGACAGGAAUUCAAGAAAAUUUUAAAUAUGAUUGAUUGGAUGGACGAUAAAACAAGAAAAGCUGCCCUGGACAAAGCUACUUCGAUGGAAGAGCAUAUCGCCUAUCCAAUUGAACUACUAGAUAGUAAAAAAGUCGAAGAACUGUAUAAAAAACUGGAAAUCAGCCCUAAUAAUUAUCUUCAGAGUCGCUUAAAUUUGACGAUAUAUGGCGAUGAUUAUACAUUCAGUCAACUAAAGAAACCUGUUAACAAAAGCGACUGGAUUGCGCAUGGCAGACCCACAUGGGUCAAUGCUUUCUACUCUUUCAACGAAAACAGUAUCCAAUUCCCAGCUGGUAUCUUGCAAGGAGUGUUUUUCAACAAUGAACGACCAAAAUACAUGAACUACGGCGCGAUUGGUUUUAUUGUGGGUCACGAAAUCACUCACGGAUUUGAUGAUGAAGGCAGACAAUUUAAUAAGGAUGGUAAUCUGGUUGAUUGGUGGCAAGCUAAAACCAAACAAAAAUAUUUGGAAAAAGCACAGUGCAUCAUUGAUCAAUAUUCUAAUUACACUGCACGUGAAGUUAACAUGAAUCUGAACGGAAUUAAUACGCAGGGUGAAAAUAUCGCUGAUAACGGCGGCAUUAAACAGGCUUAUUACGCCUACAACGAGUGGGAACGUCGCAAUGGACCGCAAGAACCUCGGCUUCCAGGUCUCGAAUUUACUCCUCAGCAAAUGUUCUGGAUCAGUACAGCGAAUACAUGGUGCUGCAAAUAUCGACCUCAAUCCCUUAAGAUGGAUAUCACCACCGGCGAGCAUAGUCCUAACGAAUUCCGGGUAAUAGGACCAUUGUCAAAUAUGCCUGAGUUUUCCAAGGAUUUUAACUGUCCUGUUGGUUCAAGAAUGAAUCCAGAGAAAAAGUGUUCGGUUUGGUAAUAGAAACUCAAACACUGGCCACAAUUUAUCGCUAUUACAUGUUGACAGUUGUUCAAUUUAAGAUUUUUAAUAAUGCGAGAGUUUGAAUUAUCAGUUUGCUUAUAAUUCUCAUUGUCAUGGAGUAAUUUUAGUUCUUAGUUGAUGCAUAAAUCGCACGUAUUUUAUGAUAGUGAGUAUUAUAAAGCUUAUUGUCAGUCAUUGUUUUCAUUUCGAUAUAUUUAUAAUUGACGUAUUAUUACAGAUAGUACAAACCGGAGUUAUUUUUAUAAUUGAUAAGUAGUAUUGUAUCGACCAUAGCUUGUAGAUAAAAUAAUUGCAAUAGCUCAGAAACUAAUUAAAAAGUUCCUAAUGAGAAUGAGAUAGAUAUAAGUUAUAUAUCUUACCUUGUAUUUUAUAAGAUUGAGUAAAUAUAUAUUUGUUGAACAACUGUAGUGUUUAAAUAUAAAAUUUCAAUAAAAUAUUAUCAAU